GGGCGGUGUAAGUGCAGACUUCAGACCGGUUUCUCGCCGAUUUCGAGGAGGAGGACGCUGGGGUGGAGAGCCCCUCAUAUCUGUUCGACAAGGCAGAACAUCGGAUUGUCACGAUAACCCACCGAGACGACGAAUCCAGUCACUGUCCGGGUAAAUUUUCGAGUCCUUGUCGGUUGUCGAGUUGAUAGUUUGUCGCUAGUUUGGUCGGCUAAAGCUAACUGACGCUGUUAGCUUACAAACUGCCGCUAACGGCUGAGUGAAACUGAAGCAGCUCCGUCUUCCUCUUCAAACUGACACCAACUCUUUAAAACCAGAUUAAUACUCAUGUUUUUGUUUUUUUUAAUCCUUAAUUACAACAGCAAACACUCAAGCGGACGCCUGAAGGGACAUUUCGUGUCUUUUCAAGCUGUCAUCAGCGGCGAAGCGGGUCGAGGGAAGACUGCCAGUCCGAGGGGGAACCCUGAGCGGCCCGGUUCCACAUCAGCGACCUAAAGCCGGGGUGCGGGGAGCCGCUGCUGCCCGGGGAGCAGGGCGACGUUCAGCGGAUCUGUUCUCAAGUUCUGACCUGCGCGGCGGAGAGAAGUGACAACUGGGUGCCGGGUCAACCGGACUGAGACCUCAUGAAUGGAAAUCGGAACAACAGGUGGGAACCCCUGACUGACUGACUGACUGACUAACUGACUGAGUCUUAAUGUGGAGUCCAGGUGCUUCUUGAGUUAUGUGCACUCACAAGUUCAUCUAGGAUCUGCAAGUUAAAAUACAAGACUGUAAACAUUUAGUUCAAUUAUUAGAAGUUUACUGAGAAACUCUGAACUUGAUUGAAAAAAAUGAUCACAAUAUAUUUUGUCAUAUCGUCCGAUCUCGAUUAUUAUCCCGAUUUUUUAACUGCCUGUUUUAAAUCAUCUGUACUAAAAACUAAAGAAACUAGAGAUUAGUUCAACAUUUUAUUGACAUAUGAAGUAAAUAACAAAAUAAACUGAAUAAAAUACACUUAAACUCAACAAUUUAACAAUGUAGAUAAAUACUAAAUAAAACAGUGAAUUAGUUUACAGUCCUGAGUGUUUUUGCAGGAAUUUAAGACCCAAAAUAAACACCUCAAACACGCCCCCUCAGAGAAAAUGAAGAUGCCUUAAAAAUAGGGCCCGACCAAUAUGGAUUUUUUUGUGGCCAAUACUGAUUAUUUGGGGGGGGGAAAUCUGAUUACUGAUUAAUCUGCCAAUUAAAUUUUUUUUUAUGAAGUUAUAAAAAUAUAUAUAUUUACUGUAGAUAGCUAUAGUAUACCAUAUACUGUAGAUAUUCUGUAGGCUACUGCUCUUCCCAACAAACUUUUCUUUAAAAAAAAACCAGAAAUCUACAGUGACCAAGCCUUUUCUCACCUGCACAUCAUUCUCUCAAGUCUUGUCUAUCAGGAGAAGAAAUAUUGGGAGUGGAACAAACACACAACAGAAACUAUUGACAUAUUUACACUCAUUCUUCCAGGCGUUUUUUUUUUACUAUUUCCAGUUGUUUAUGCCACUCCUUGCAGCAGUUCCUGUCUGGGAUGAGACAGAGGACCACAUCACACUGUUCAGAAUCUCUUCUCUGCUUGUUUCCAAACAUUGAGGACCAUUAUUUCUGAUUUUACAGACAAGCAGGGAACUUUCUUGUCUUUUGUUGAUCUUUGGUUGCCUCUUAUUGGACACUACCAUCAAGGGAACAAUAGAAGAAAAGAGUUAAAGAGCUUGGAUCUGAUCUUAGCAGGAAAAGAUGAGGGUCAAAGAGCUUGGACCUGAUCUUUGCAGGAGAAGAUGAGGGUCAAAGAGCUUGGACCUGAUCAAACAGACAUUAAAAUAAACCUGCAUUUAUUUGACUGAGGGAGGAAGUGCAGUUUGUGAAUCUUUUGGAUCCGGUUCUCUAAGAAUAUAAGAAGAAUAUGAGACCGUGUGAUUGGUCAAAAGUUUGACAGAAAAAGACGUCAUCAAAACAGUUUGUCAAACCCAGAAGACAUUAGCGGCAUUUAGUGAUAGUGACCGUUUUUUUUAUCACAACAAUCUGAUCAAUAAUCCUGUAUUCAUUGUAAACCUUGUGGCAGGUGUAGAAAUGUCUGGAAACCCUCGAUAGAUCACCAAAAGGGUAAACUUUUGAACACUUUUCAUCCCAUAGAGAUACACGGUAUGGUUCCUGAGAAACUGUGAACAAUAUUAAUGGUUUCAAGUGUUAAAUCCAUUCUGAAAUUACUGGUACAUAGGUUAGGUUUGGAGGACAAUAGUGGAAGGACAGACCAGGAUAACUGAUGAGCCUCCCAAAGGUAAAGUGCACCGUUAGUGACAAAAAUUUGGAAGUGUAAUCUUUGAAGAGCGUUGUGUUACUCUAAAAUUAAAAUGACAAUAUAAGUUAUGCUGAUUUAACCCUUGAUACGUCAGCUCUAACAUUGAGUAAGAUCUAACCCCGACAACUGACUAUAGUAAAACAGAGACCGGCACAGAUGGAUCAGAUCAAGCAGUCCAGGUCAGCUCCUAAGGAAACAAGAAAGUACUUUUCACUUUUUAACAUAUAGCCACGUGAGAAUGUUGAGGUAAGAGAUUUUGGUUUGGGAGCUGCAGUUUCUACUGUCUACGGUGUUUCGCAGUAAGUGUGGGAAAAAAAGCAAAUCUUUAGAAAGGUGAAAACAUAAUACAGGUGAUAAUAUGUUUUCCUUUGUGACAGUGAAGGCGUUUUAAAACCAGGUUUCAGACAGGCUCUCUGUUGGAUAAUGCUGUAAUGGUUAAAAAUACCCCAAAACCUUUAUGGAGAUUUGAUCCGGAUCCAAACCAAAACUAGAUUAGAUGAUCUAAAUUUAGGUUUUUUCUUUUGUUUCAUUUCUAACAAUUCAAAUUUGAGUUUUGAUUCAGUCUGAUCAGAUUUACCGUUAAACGACUUGGCACAGGUCCAUCCUUGAUAGUUUCACACUUGUGUUUUAGCGGUCACUUUUGCGCUUUAGUGACCCUGUGUGUGUGUGUGUUUUGUGCAUGUGUGAAUGUCCCAAACCAGUCCCACGGGUUAUUUGUUCUGCUGACGUCACUCUUUGUCGGCUGUCAAAGGCAGGUGGUGAUCCCGUCAGGUGUGUCUGAAGCCUGAGAGAGGCCGGCUCACAUUCAGGGCGGAGUGUGUGUGAGUGUGUGUUCACGUCAGUUUGAAGGGCAGCCUUUCACACCAGCUGCUGUCAUAGUUACCCAAGCUAUCGAAUAAUGUUCAGUUAACCGCUGCCUGUGUUAAUUACAAAUCAAUUGAGCAUGGCAGCACAUUAUUCAAUCUACUUUGUUACCAGGGGGCUGAAUUUGUGAGUCCCAGCUUGUGUAUUAUUGAUGUUGUUGGGGGCAGUGGUGGACCGAGAGAAGGGAAAGAGGGUCAGACCGGUUCACUGAGGGGGAGCCAUUCAUACUUUUCUCACUCCACCCGUUUUCCAGCGUGAGAGCAGGACAGUGACGCUUUAUCGAAGAUCUUUAAAUCAGCAAACGACCACGAAAAUAAGAGAUUUAGUUUGUUGAAUCUUGACAACAUGGAUGUUGUUUAGAGAAGGCAUUGAUCCGGUAAGUAAACAGUCAGGCAGGUAUCAAGAAACUGAUCACCAAGAACAUUUUCAAACGAGCCUGUUUUUAAGAUUUUCUAUCAGGUAAAGAUGAAGCAAUUUGAAGCCGUUUUCAUUGAGAGCACCGCAGAGAUGCUUAGCCAGGGGUGUAAGUGUAUCUGCUUUUGGGGAACCAAUACACAACAGCCACCACUGACGACACAGACAGGAGAUGAGAGCCACUUAGAGGAUAUUACCCCACCUUUCUGGGUACAAAGCUGACGGACUGGUGUCAAGUCAAUGCAAAGAGAUUUCCCAGACUGGUAAAACUGGCACACCAGUAUGUCUGCAUACCAGCAACAUCAGUGCCUUCUGAGUGUGUGUGUGUGUGUGUGACCCAGUUGUGACACCUGGACAAGCAGGUAGAAAACGCGACACUGUAGUCUGUGAUACUGUUGUUCAGUCCAGUCCAAGUUUUCAUAACGACACAUUUGUUAAGGUUAUUUCUAUGAGCCUGAUCCACAUGUUGAUGUUCUGUGUGUUGAACUAUUCGUGCCCUUCCAUGUGUUCUGUAGCUGUUUAAUACGGUCAGUCACAUCCAUUAUGUUGCUUUAGAAAAUACAGACGAGGGCCCGACCCAUAUGGAAUUUUUGAGGCCAAUACUGAUACUGAUUAUUAAGGGGGGAAAAAUCUGGUUACUGAUUAAUUGGCUGAUUUUUUACAUUUUUAUGAAGUUUUAAAAUUUUGUCACUUUAAGUAAUAUUUCUACAUAUUUCCUUUUUUUAACAAAUGUCUGCUUUUGAGCCUCUCAAACACUUCUUCAAAGAAUUAAAGCCAGAAAACUCAUUUCAAAUCCUUUUUAUUGCUAAAACAACCCCAGGCUCUUUAUUUUAACUGUAAUAAAGAUGAUAAACUUAUUCUUUUCUGCUUAUUAUUCAGACUGUAGCAGGUGUGAGUCUGAUUAUUUUGUCAAACUCACACACUUGUCAUCCUCUAAAAUAAACGCUCUAUAUAAAUAAUAUAUAAUAAUAUAAAUAAAAUAUAAAUAAUAUAAUAUAAAUAAAAAUAAAGUUAACUCACGUACAUCAUGAAAAUGAGGAACACUCGAUAUACUGUAGGCUACUGCUUUUCACACCGACAGGAAGACCGACCGAUCAUCUGAGUCGGGCCCUAGAUGUAAUUUAAAGGGUCCAAAGUUUCCUUUUAUGGGGGUAUCCAGUUAUGUUUCCUCCAUACUGGUAAAUUUUUAGUUCUUUUUAAUGAAUGAAAACUGUUAAAAACGUGUUAAAAACAGUGGAGGAGACUUAAAAUAACUGAACUCAUAGUAUUUAAUUUUGAACACGUUUUAUUGUUCUUAGUGUGAGUCAAAUUAUGUUGAAGAUUGAUGAUUCAUUCAUUCUUCCUGUGGGAGAUUUGUCAGGACUGGUCUGUUUUACACGUGAAGAGCUCGCUCACUUGUGUGGGCUGAAUGUCGUGUUUGUGUGUGAUGCAAUUCAUGAUGAAACAGUCUGAUAAGUGCGUAUUAGUCUCCCCAUUGUUGCUCAUUCGACAGUGAACCUUUGUGUUUUUGGGGCCUAAAGACGCGGCUGUCAGACUGUCACCCAGUUUAGGGUAUUUUUCAGAUUUCCAAAAAGACAAGCUGGAUUCCUUUUGUCGUAACUUUUUUUUUGUUGACCUGUCUUUACUCGUUGGUGGUUAGAGGAAAAUUUUUUCGUCUCAGUAUCAGGCAAAGCAGGGGGAGGAGCUCUAUUAGAGUCUUUAUUUGUUUAGGCAUGCGAGGGAAAGUGCAACCUUAGAUGAACUGUACUUGGUGGAUCGAGUAAAAACAGGUUGAUCACCUGUUACUCUGAAUGAAUUUCUACAGCAGAUCGAUGCAUCAAAUCAGACAUUUUCCAUCAAAAACAGAAAAACGUGCAGCGGUUACAUUAACAUCUGUAUGUUACAUGAACCUCUGCUGAGUUUUUUUAUGUGCACAUGUGACCCUAGAUACAUUUGAGAAUUCGCACACAUCUAUUUUUAGUCACAAAAGCGAGUGAAACAGUCGCGCUGUCGAGCCCUGAAAUUAUUGAUAAUUAUACUGAUUUUUGUGUUUAUAUGUUUAGGCAGGGUUUUUCCUGGCUCAAAUUGAGGCAGAGGUGGCACCAUCCUGACCAUGCGCCACGACAUGCAUGUAUUUGUAAAUUCAACCGAUUCACUUUCUUUUACAGGCAACAUACUUUAAGUUAAGAGUUCAAAAAAGAGUGUGACCAUUAUUAUGUUAAAGCAUUCAUUUAUUAAAACUAUAUACAUACACAAAUCAGCUGGCAACUUUAAAUUGAAAGUACACUUCAUCCACACAUCUCGCAACCAGACAGAACAUUUCAGCCUCCUCUUUUUCAUUCUGUAGAACCUCCUCAUGCACUCCUUGUAGUCCAAGGCCUCCUGGUCUGGUCCAUCAACGGCCACCUUACAACAGACAUCCAAGUGCCUCUCCUUCAGUCUGUUCCACAGAGGUGUCUUCACCUUAAACAAAACAAUUCAUCAUGCAUUAAGUAUUUUUGUUUUUAUUCUGAUACAGACAUGAAGAGCGAUAGUGUUUUCAAUCAUAUAUUAUAUAUAUAUAUGUACACGCUGCAGUGUCCUCCCUAAAAAAAAAAACGACAACCAAUUAUUUCUUAAACUAUCUAAACUAUGUUAUUUUAGUUUUUGUAACUUUAUUAGUUGAGUUUUUUUAGGUACUACCAUCUUUAAUAUAUUUCUCCUUCUCUUCAGCUGCUUUGUGAAUGGCUGUCACCUCAUGUCUUUUUAAUGUGUCCAGCCUGUAGUUGGUUGAUGGCUGUCUCACUAAGGAGGCAGCAAUUGCCUGCUGUGUUGGGGCACAGUGCUUUUGGCAUAAAUAGCAGUGCAUGCCUUCCUCAGUAUGCCCGAGCCAGGUAAAUUGAUUGAGCCACUGCUUGUCAAAGCCACUGGCUCUGUGUUUUUGAGAAGAUCUGGAAAGAGGAAUAAAAACCAUGUACAUGUUGGUUUUGCGUUGUUAUGCUCCUAAUUGGAAACUAAUUAAUUAAUUACCCUCGCCUCGCCGACUCGUCCUGUCCUGCAUUCUGACCCUCGCGAUCACCAGUCCCUUGUGAAGUACUUUCAGACCUGACACAAAUUUCCACGUUGUCACCAACAUGAAUUAUAGCAUUUUAACUGCCUGUUACGUUUUUUCUCUGCUGUGUUUCACUUGGACUCUUGACUUUCCUCCUCGCGAGGUCGCUUUUUAAAGUACUGGCUGAUUUUGCCUGUCAUAUCUGCAAUGCUAUAAAACGGAGUAAACUUUUUUUUUUUAAAUAAACACGUCAUGCUUGGAUGCCAAAAAGAGAAGCAGUAUUUACCUGUUUGUACCAUCCGCCAGGGAAAAUCAGUACGCCGAUAGCACCAACUAGCGGGAAAAAAACUUGAAAAAACAUGAUUCGAUCCGCUUCUUCUUCGGUAGAGGCUUCAGGUCUUUCCGGUGCACUGCUGUUGAUAUAGCGCCUCUAUAGUGGCGUAACCCUGCAACUGCAGUUAAAAUACGUUGCUGCUGCAUCGGGACAUCAAUCGCUCAAUCAACACAGCUGGAGCUUUACGCUGUGUUGAGCUCAGUCUUCCUCUGCUGUACUGAUGCAGACACAAAAACCGAACCCUCUAUGGUCCGUUAACCGUCCGUGUGAGGGCCCACGAUAUUAAGCAGCUCCAUGAUGAGCGAGGAAACGCCAUCUUAAAAACGCACACAUGUUUUAACAGUCAUGUGACACACAGACGCAGAGUCUACAUACAGCACAGUGUUCAGCUCUCUGUGCAUUAAAGUGACGUCCACAAAGUGUUGACAUGUUCGGGUCACAAACGUCUCAUCAUGUCCGACUCUUCAUAGUCUGAGUUUUUUGAGUCUCUGGGUGAACGAGUAAAAUCUGUGCGCACCUGUUUUUCUAUCUCCUGUCAGCAUGCCUUUAGUUGCUAUGGAGAAACUGUAGCAACCUAAGUGCCGUCUCCAUGACAACGGCACAGGGGAGGAGGCAACCUAGGGACACGGAUAGAUAACACCUUAUGGCAGAUUCAGGGUCAGCGUCAGUCCUGGACCCUGAGAGGAGCUUCAGUCAGUCUGUGACUCUGAUCUGACGCCUGAUUGUUUUUAUCCUCAGAACUACAACCACUGUCUCUACCACUGUGUGUGUGUGUGUGUGUGUGUGUGUGUGUGUGUGUGUGUGUGUGUGUGUGUGUGUGUGUGAGCGCGCGCGGCUCCUCUGAGUCACAUUGGUGGAAACUGCGUGGCUCCGUGUGUGAUGUCAUUUGAUUUCUUUCGCCAAGUUCUUUCCAGUUUGGCAUUUAUGAAAAUUGGUGUCAAAUUGUCGUGGCGUGUCAGCCUUCGCCUACUUUCCCCUCCCGUCUGGCGAGGGCUGCCUCAGACAGGAGAAAUCGCUCUUUAUUCAAAAUGUCAGCGUAUCCUGUAACCUUUUUAUACGCUCGUAAUCAGAUCAACGAGGGGAAAAAACGGCUUUGGUCCGUUUGUUUCAGUUUUGUCCGUUUUAUUGGGAGGAAAUCGUUGUAACGUCCCUGGCCAUCUUCAGUCCCGUCUCACACCUUCUGCUCUUUCCCCCGAUGAACCACUUCCUUCCUUCCUCCAGUUUGUCAUCGUCUGAAAGCUCUCAACCGUUUUUAAAGGGUAGAUUUCAGUCAGGAUAUCUGUUCAGGCUCUGUGUGAGCCGCUCUGGUGAAGCAGAUGAAAUAUGGACGUGUAUUUGUGUUCUUGGUCAUCGUCUGUGUUUGACAUGAAGGAUGAGAACGAUACGAACAAAACGGAGUGAUCAUUGAAAUGAUAAUUCAAGGGACAGGUUUCUGGUCCAGGUUUGAUCAGUCGGUGUUCCUGUCGGCGUGAAGAGCAGCAGCCUACAGUUUAUAUUUUUUAUAACUUCAUAAUAAAAUAAAAAAAUCAGCUGAUUAAUCAGUAAUCAGAUUUUCCCCCCGUAUCGGUCAGGCCCUACUUUAAUGUAAAGAGAAUUUUCUGUCCUGUGUUCCUGCAGGAGCAGCUGAAGCCCAAGCCCUCUUCUCGUUGCCACGGAGACCUGGCUAUGGCACCAUCGGGAAGCCCAUUAAGCUUCUGGCCAACUGCUUCCAGGUGGAAAUACCCAAGAUCGACGUUUAUCUGUACGAGGUGGACAUCAAACCGGACAAAUGUCCUCGCAGAGUCAACAGGUAACAGGAAGGACGUGAAGGAACCAUCCGAGCUUCUGUCCGUUUGUGUUCCUGUCUGCUGAUGGAGGUGACAUGUUGUUUUUCUGGGGGUCUCUGCAGGGAGGUGGUGGACUCCAUGGUUCAGCACUUCAAGGUGACCAUCUUUGGUGACUGUCUGCCAGUUUACGAUGGGAAGAGGAGCCUUUACACCGCCAACCCGCUGCCUGUCGCCACUGGGGGGGUAAGACGACACAUGAAAGUUUGAAUCAAGGAUUAGUGAUCUAAAUCUGUACCAGAUUCUAUCAGUAAUAUGAUGUAUAGGGUCUGUUUUAUUUAUUUCUAAUGCUUAAAUUUCCCCGGACGCCACUGUAACCCAAGUUUUCCUCUUCAGGUGGAUCUGGAUGUCACCCUACCAGGCGACGGUGGAAAGGACCGCCCGUUUAAAGUCACUAUAAAGUUUGUGUCGCUGGUCAGCUGGCACAUGCUGCACGAAGUCUUGACGGGACGCGUCAUGGCCGAGCCGGUGGAUCUGGACAAACCCAUCAGCACUAAUCCUGUUCACGCUGUGGACGUGGUCCUGAGACACCUGCCCUCCAUGAAGUGAGUUUAAACCCUCCAUCCCUCCGCAAAGACGGACGGAGACAAACUAUCAACUCACAAGUCUUUAAAAAACAAGUGUCAGGAAAAAACUCCAAUCCUAAAGUCCUAGAUCUGUGGAUCCAUAUCUACUCAGAGACAUUUUAACUGAUAACUAAAUAAAGUCAUGACCACAUCAGUAAGAAAAAUUACAAAUGACUCUAUCAAACCAGAUCAGUGGUAGUUUUUAACGUUAGUGUGCGUGAUAACUGACAAAGAUCAUCUUUGUGUCAGAGGGCUGAAGGGUUUUAAUCUUAAUAUCACUGAUUUAAACACCAGAAGAGCGUUUCUUAUAGAUUAGUUUGGUCAUGAAAUAUGACCCCGGGAUCUUUGCAUCCUGCUGCCGUUAAGCCCCUCUAAUUUAUUAUGUAGUAUUUCAACCACAGUGAGUCACACACUGGAACAGGUGCCGUUUGACGGGGACAGGUCGGUGUCUUACUGAGGUGGAUAUACAGCGCGGUGUUUCUGCGAUAUUGUCGGGCUCAAGUGGGAUUUAGAUUCAGCGCGGAGGAAGAGAUUAGAGGCACAUUUGAUGUAAUCCACCUCAGGUUCUGCCAUUUGGCGAGUCCAUUAACCAGAACAGUUUAGAUCUAAAACCUUCCUGUGGUUUCAGACUCGCUGAACUACGCAGUUUUAUUUCAGCACCCAGUUAACCUCCGUGUCACCUCUCUGUCCUCUUCAGGUACACGCCUGUCGGGAGAUCUUUCUUCUCCUCCCCAGAGGGCUACGACCACCCGCUGGGCGGAGGGAGGGAAGUUUGGUUCGGCUUCCAUCAGUCGGUUCGGCCCGCCAUGUGGAAAAUGAUGCUCAACAUUGAUGGUGAGGAGAACGUGUUCGACCAAGGACAUUUAAAAUGAGAGUUUAAUUCGUUUGGGGUCUGUGAAGCAAAUCUGGAGCUUCGCAAAAAAGCAGGUAGCUUUGUAUGAGUGUUGGGCGGUAUGAACAAAAUCUAACAGUUUGAGUAAUUUCAUAUCACUGUAACAGGAUAUAUCACUGUCUGUUUUUCCCUGUAAAUUCAGUUCGUGGUUUAAAAAUAUCCAAACUGUCUUAUUUGUUCAUUUUCCAUCAAAAAAGAAGAACUCCAGUCAGCGCCCUCAUUUAAUAUCCUGCCUUUAAAAAAAUCUAAACAGAGAAUCGAUUGGAAUCGGAAUCGUUCAAAAUCAAACGUUACUCAACCCCCCGACACACUGGUGAAAAUAUGGAAACACACCUGAAUGGAUUCACUUUCCUGUUAGCGAGCGCAGACAUCUCCACACUGACUCAGAGAGACCACCGCUCACACAGUUUAUACCGUCAUACUGACCGUCAACUCUCCUCUGCAUUAGAUAAAACUGAGCGAGUGAUUGUCCAAAUCAGCCCUCAGCAUAAAUCAAGUUCUCUGAUUCUGAAAAACUAAAGCUGGUCUGAGUCUUUCCAAAGUCUCGGCCUGGUCACCUUGGAUGUUUCGUCUCAUCGUCACGGUUAAUCUUCAGAAACCUGCACAGACUGUGAUGGAAACAUGCGGAGCUACAUCACAGGUCCAAAAACCAGAACCUCCCUGUGUCCUGGUUUUAAAGUCGUGAGCUUUAAAGGUCCUUCAGAUGGAGUUUGAUAUCCUGAACUGGUUUUUCUGUUUCCACUCUAACCCUAAAAUAAGCAGCUGCUCGCUGAAGCACUUUUGUAACCUCGAAUCACCACGUGACAAACCUGUUCACAGAGAUUCUCAGAAGUGAAAACAGCUCACCAUUCACACAAGAACGACUCUUGUGACCAAAGUUUCCAUUUGGGCUCCGCUCUGCUGAUGCUGUGAGUCCAGGACUGUUUCAGGACGACAGGAAACUCCAGACCAUGUUGAUGUUGUUCUCUGACAGUAUUGAUCCUCAUGUGCUCGAAUCGGUCUGACUGAUAGUCAACUUGAUCAUCUUUAGGCUUCGUGUCUUCUCGUCUGACCUCGUCCUCUUUCCUUUCAGUGUCAGCCACGGCCUUUUACAAAGCCCAGCCCGUCAUCCAGUUCAUGUGCGAGGUCCUGGACAUUCACAACAUCGACGAGCAGCCCCGCCCCCUCACUGACUCCCACAGGGUCAAGUUCACCAAAGAGAUCAAAGGUAUGUCGGCGGCGAGGAAAGGUUUGGUUUCGUUAACCCUGUCUGAGUCCUUCACAUGAGGCUCCUGCUGGUUCUUGUUUACAUCGGCGCCUCCUCCUCCAUCUUCACAGGUCUGAAAGUGGAAGUCACACACUGUGGAACCAUGCGUAGGAAGUACCGAGUCUGCAAUGUAACACGGCGCCCCGCCAGCCUCCAAACGUACGUUUCCUCGUCACGCCGCCGCCGAACCCGACGCCAAAUCUGUUGUUUGCUGAAAAUAACCGGAGACUCGUGUUUUUUCUUCACACCCACAGAUUUCCUCUGCAGCUCGAGAACGGGCAGACGGUGGAGCGCACCGUGGCGCAGUACUUCAGGGAGAAGUACAACCUGCAGCUCAAGUACCCCCACCUGCCCUGUCUGCAGGUGGGCCAGGAACAGAAGCACACCUACCUGCCUCUGGAGGUAAGGAUGACAGAGGAGCGGUGUGAACACAGACAGAUGAAACCGUCUCAGCCAGGUGUCCUCAACGCUGAGACAACAGAAGGUCAGGUCACGUUAAAGUCGUGGUCGACCAUCUGAGAAGCAGUUUAAAAAAACUGAGGCGUUGAGGCCGACUGUUGGUCGAUGUUUUUGCAGCCCUGCUCCUGAUAGGGUGAACAGAUUUUUUCCGAUCUUUUUCCUCUUCACUUUGUGGAGAUCAUACUAUAGGACCAUUAUCGCCAUAGAAACGAGGUUCAUAAUAAUUACCGAUCUCUCCAAUCAUCUACUGUGCCUCUAAGUCAUUUCUCCUGUUGUUCAUCGUAGGUCUGUAACAUCGUGGCCGGUCAGCGCUGCAUUAAAAAACUCACCGAUAACCAGACGUCCACCAUGAUCAAAGCGACGGCUCGCUCUGCUCCGGACAGACAGGAGGAGAUCAGCCGGCUGGUGAGUGUCGAGACAAACAGAAGAAGAAGAAGAAGAAGAAGCUUCCUCUUGUUUCCCUCCUCCUCCUCACCACAGGUGUGUGUGUCUUUUUCUGCUCACAGGUGAGGAGUGCGAACUAUGAAUCCGACCCCUUCGUCCGGGAGUUUCAGUUCCGGGUUCGAGACGAGAUGGCUCAAGUG